CAAAUUUAAACCAUUAGAAAAUCAACCUAACAUAAAUAAAUUGCAAAAUGAAAUACUUUUUACUUUUCAUGUUAAUGAUAACCUUUAAAAUAAGUUUAUGUCAUUUAAUACAUGACUUAAAGUGCUCGCAAUCUCGUUAUUUUCUAAAUUUUUUUAGCCAUAAUGAAAGAUUUUUGUUACAAUUGGAAAAAAACAAAGAAAAUUUAACUAUAAAAAAUCUUAUGAACUAUGGCAAUGCACUUCAAACACAUAGUAAAGUAAUUAUGAUAUUUUUGGAGGACUUGAUAAACAAUAAUGCAAAACGAUUUCCUUUUACUUUGAUCACAGUGAAUAUGUAUUUAAAUAACAUUUCUGGCUCUUUAAAUAUGAUUACAAAAAUUGAUGGUGAAAAAAAUGAUGCUCAAAAUUUAUUAGAAGGCUAUAAGAUUAUACAUCUUGCAGUUAAAGAACAACUAACAAAUUACAUAAAUGGAUAUUGUAAAAACAUAAUAUUUAAUGAUUACAUAGAUUUUUGUAAUAUUCCAAUUGAUGAAUAUACUACUACUAAUUUAAUUAAUAUAAAUAAUGAAAUCAAGGAUAAAAUAUUAACCAACUAUGAGUUAACAUUAGAAAUAAAUUCAUACGAAAGUUUUCAUCCAAAAAAUAUUUUGUUUUACGAUAUAAUGACCUUACAAAAUAGUGAACGAAUAGAAUUAAAUCUACUCCGAUUCACUCCACUUAACAUUAAAUGCACUAAUGGUACUUAUUUAACUAUACAAGAUAUAUUUGAGUAUAUAAAAUAUGAUUUUAAUUCCAAAGAUGUUAUUGCAUACAUAAGAAUGGUAAUUGGGGCUACGUUUCGACCAAUAGCUAUUCUUAUUCGCAACUUUUUAACCUUAAUUCAGGUUGCAUCUUCAGAAUAUUCACAUGGUGUAAUAUAUUGGAUAAAGCCAACACUAAUUAAAAUGGGUCAAAAAAUUAUGAAUUACUUAAUGGAUGUUAUUUCUCUCUCCAUGUACGAUUAUAAACGGUCAUAUCUACAAAACAUAAUCUUAAAUGGAUUUAUGUUGGCCUUAAGUAAUUAUAUUGAAAAAUAUAAGUUAUCCGAAAUUGAUAUUAAAUGUAAUAAUGAAUUAAUUAAAACACUAUCGAAUUUGUUCAUUAAGAGCAGAUUAUACUUUACAAGAGAUAUAGUUCUAACUAAUAAAAAUAUUACUGAAAAUAAUGCUGAUGAGAUUAAAAAUCAAUUAGAUCAAAUCAUUCAAAAAGUUGAAAUAUAUAUGAACGAUUUGAAAAAAUGGAAUGAAUAUUUUAAUUUUAUUGUAAAAAAAUUUAGGAUCCGAUCUUUUAAUGUUUCAAGUUAUAAGAAUUUUAUUGUUUUUAAGAUUUUAGAUCGUAUUUGUAAUACUGAAUCACAUUCUGAAAUAUGCAAUAUUAGUGCGAAUGAUAAAAAUAAUAUUGAAAUAGGAUAUUAUAAAGAUGUGCAAAAUGUAGAAGAUGAUGCUACACAAUUUAACUUAAAGGAUCUAAAAGAUGAAAUUGAUAAUAUUGAUAUUGAUUCAAAGGAAUCCUUUGAAUAUAAAUCAAAUUAUAAACCGUUUUAUAUGAUUGAUUAUUGGCCAUACAAUGCGUAAAGUGAGAUGUUUGAAAUUGUUAUUAGAAUGAAUACUGUACAUUUUCAAUACUUAUUUUUGUAUGUUAUACUUAAUUGAAUAUAAUAUUUUAAAGUUUUAUAACUGUAUGUUUUAUCAAAAUAAAUAUCACCUUUUUUCAUUGACACUAAAACUUUACUCUAAUGAUCAAAAAAUUCGGUUAAACCUGUCGGAACUCAAAUUUUGUUCAUCUCUUACUUAAUAUAAAAAAAAUAAUUUCAGAAACGUUAAAAAUACCACGACAAAUUACAAAAAAAAUAGAAUGGAAAACAUUUAAGUUCAUGGUUUUGCGGAUGCAUGUAUAAAUGUUAAUGAUUGUUGUUUAAAUCUUAGGUGUUACGACGAGUAUGCCAUUAAUUUCAUUAAUUUAAUUAGCGCUAAAAGUAAAGUGGUCCGUAUAGAGCAACUAUCUCUACCGAGAUUAGAAUUGUGUGCUGCCUUAUUACUUGUACGCCUAGGUGACAAAAUCAUUCCUAAGUUAUUGUAACCGAUGAACAAAAAAUUUUACUGGUCCGAUUAAAAGGUUGUAUUGUGUCAGACUGGUAUCACGUUAACGACAAAGAUAAUCCAGCAGACAUAAUCUCUCGUGGAUGUCACAUAUCUGAAUUAGAAAACAUGUCAGUAUGGUGGCAUGAGCCUAAAUAGCUUUAGUUGAAUGAAAAAGAAUGGCCAAGUAUAUCAAAAUGGGAGGAACAUUUCAAGUUAAUGCGUAGUGGCCACAAAAGUUAUCAGCAUCCGUUCGAAACAAUUAUUAGCCUAUUAGCGAUCGAAAUCACGCACGUUUUACCGUUAAUAGUUGUGUUGUUUAUUUUCGUCACUAACCUCAAGUGGUGCAACCGUUUACAGGCGAUCUAUCAAGAAAUCGCCUGUCUUCGGAUAAAGCUUUUCUUGUCACAGAUAUAGAUUUCUGUGGUCAAUUUUUGUUAAAAAACAGGAUUGAGGAAAAAUUCACCUGACGCGGAAAAAGUAAAACUUUGUACUCUUUUAACAUAUCAAAUUUUAUCGGGUCAAAUUGUCAACUUAAAGAGUGGUAAGAGUUAUAUCAAACGGAAAAGAAAACUAAUAACAUGUUGUCUGAAAACGGAGUGGAAUGAAAGUUUAUUCUAUCGCGGUUAUCACACUUUUGGAGUCUGUGUGAGGCUGGAGUAAAAUCUAUAAAAUAUUAAUUGCGUAGAGUCUUGAGUAAUGUCCAUUUAUUUUAUGAAGAGCUACUUACUGUACUACGCGGACGUUAGCAUGGUUAAAUAGUCGCCCAUUAACAUUUAUAUCCUCUGAUUCAAGUGAUUUGUCUCCUCUCACUCCUGGUCAUUUCCUCAUUGGUAAUUCUCUAACUACCCUACCUGAACUGGAACAAACGAACAUAUCUAGUGACCGUUUAAUUUGCUGGAGAUGUGUUUCUCAAUACUCUUAAUAUUUACGAAAGCGCUGUAGUCGUUACUAUUUAGCGCAGUUACAGGAGAGAACGUAAUGGGCUUGUGAGAACGGAACUAAGAUAAAAGUAAGCGCCAUUUUGCUUUUCAAGGACGUCAAUGUUCCUUCUUUGAAGUGGACACUGUGUCAUAAAUAGAGUAACCGUGAAUGACGGAGAGCCGACGUUCAAACAACAAAUGGUUCUUUUCGACCAAAAAAAAGAUUUUUGUGUCCUUUGCCAUCAACGAAAAUUAAUUUUGCAAUUUUGUAAUCAUUCGUAAAAAAAUAUAUAUAUGUAUUCAUUCUAUUUUCAAAAUAAUUAUUGCUUGUUAAAUAUUUGAUAUUUUUUAUAUCUAUCAGAUAUAAUAUGUUAUUUAGGCAUUGUUUGUUUGUUGCUUUAAUUAUUUUAUAA